UCUCAGGUUCCUCGCUUUGACCCCACUGCCUACAUCCAGGACAGGCAGCGCAGGCAGAAAGAGGCAGAACUCAAAAGACAGCGGAAAGUGCGAAGGGACAUACUUUCUUCGCCUGUCCUCCCUGAGCGGGGCCGCUCCCGAUCCAGAGAGGCCAAUCCUCAGCUGGUGCGGACCGGCAGCAGAGGCAGGAGUCUGUCGAUGGAGCGUAGAGGCAGCAGGAACUCCUCCGAGAGCUCAUUAGCAGAUAUGGAUGAAAUGACCAAAACUCUUUUCAGGGGAAGAAAACAGACGUACAAUGGACCCAAUAUGUCUCGAGGCCUUUUAACCAGAAAGCCAUUAUGCAGUACUCCAACCCACAGAAUAAAAGACAAAGACAGCUCCAUAGAUACGGGGGCUGAGCUGUCAGAGAUCGAUGCCAGGCUGCAGGCGCUUCAGGACUACAUGAGGGACCUGGACACGGGACACUAAGCUGCUGCUGCUGGAGCCACAUGUGGGCCAGGCAGCCCAGCUUGAAGCCCGGGGCGACCGGGGAGCACAUCCUGGAUCAAACAGGAGCGGCUUGUUUAUUAUGCGUUCAAAUGAGACUGAAGCUCCCUCUGGAGACGCCGCUCCAUGACUUCAGGAAUCUACAACCAUCACUGUGAAACUCACUGGUCUAUGUAUAUGUAUGUGUGUGUGGACUUUAUUUUUUUAUGCCCUGAAUUCUUAGAAUAAUUUAAAUAUGACUGGCUGUGGAAAUUCUAGGUCAUUUUAAACUUGUCCAUGUUUACAGACGUUGUCAGUACUUUGAUAUUUAUUUUGUUUGCCGUUUUCUGGUUUUUACUAUUAUGAUAUCAUAUUGGAAGUGCAGAGUUAGGUGUCCUUUAACAUUUACAAUUCUUCAUCACUCCUUGGUACAGCCUAAGGAGUGUUAAUAGAUCCUUUGUAUUGCAUCACACUGUGCAGUUACAUUCAUUUCUGCAGAUUUUCUCGGGAGAUAAACCCAACAAAAUCUG